AUAAUUAAUUGCAAAUAAGAAAAGGAAAAGCAAUUACACAAUUCGCAAUUCGCAGAUCACAGAUCGCAAUUCGGAGUUCGCAAUUCGCAAUUCGCAAGGAAGGAAGUCGAUAACGAAAUUUUAUUUCUUACAUGGUGGCUACUUACUCUUGGCCACUUGCUGCAACUGAUCCUCGUGCGAUAUGUGGAUCGGUGUUGGUUUUAGCGAGUGUUUAACUUAACGCACGCGAUUAUUGAAUUUGCGAAAAAAAAAGUGAAAUUAAAUGUUCGGCAGUCGGUGAUCAGCAUGAGAUAAAAUAAAUAAAUUCGCUUCCCGUAUUCAAAGUGUCGAAAAAAAGAUGCAAUCCUGUUUCACAAAUAUUGUGUGGCUGCUUUACUUCUUAUGCAUCACGUUCAGUGGUUAUCUGUCGGGAAAAGGAUGCACAAAUUUGGUAGCUGGAUUUUCAUCUUUUACGCGACAAACGCGUGAGAUCAUCAUUACAGAUGCGGUAAGGCGUAUUCGUCGAGAUGGUUAUCCUGUUGAAAAGCACAACGUACAAACCAAAGAUGGCUACAUCCUAACUCUCCACCGUAUACCAUAUUUACAUCCCAUACAGAAGACAGUGCUGCGUAGACCAGUAGUAUUCUUACUUGCUGGUAUUUACGCGUCCUCAGAUGCUUGGCUGCUAAACGGACAAGAGAACUCCUUGCCAUAUUUACUUUCAAAGAGCGGAUUUGAUGUUUGGCUGGGGAACAAUAGAGGGAAUAUAUAUUGUAGGCGAAAUAUCUGGUAUAAUACCACAGACCGUGAGUUCUGGGAUUUCAGUUGGCAUGAGAUGAGUGUAUACGACAUGCCAGCAACGAUCGAGUAUAUUAUUAAAAAAACUGGUGAACCAAAAAUGCAUUUUGUGGGCAUAUCUCAGGGAGGCACGGUCUUUUUAGUGCUGAAUUCUAUGCUUCCACAAUACAAUGCCGUUUUUAAGACUGCCACUUUGUUAGCGCCUGUAGCUUAUGUGAGCAAUACAAAAGGCAGCUUAGCAAAGGUAUUUGGUCCAAUUUUGGGCACACGUAACUAUAUCUCAAAACUAUUAGAAGGUGUUGAAAUGGUGUCAACGAAUAAAAUAGUCAAGCAAUUUUUGUCAAUGGCUUGUUUGGAGAAUGAAAGGCCUUCAGUUUGUGUAAGUCGUUUAUGGCCAGCUGUAGGUUAUGACACUGAACAUCUUAAUAAGACUUUGUUACCAGAUAUUAUGGCAAAUUUUCCUGUUGGUGGUUCCUUUAAGCAAAUUAUGCACUAUUUUCAAGGUUAUGUUUCCACAAAAUUUCGCCAAUACGAUUAUGGUCCCGAAAAGAAUUGGCUUAUGUAUCAACAAUUGGAACCACCUGAGUACUGCAUGGAACUAGUUACUGUUCCCAUCACAAUCUACUAUGCAGAGAACGAUUAUAUUGUAUCUGUGGAGGAUAUUUGGAAACUUAUGUUACGACUUCGUAGUCUACAUGCCAUUUACAAAUUACCAUGGAAACGUUGGAAUCACUUUGAUUUUAUAUGUGGCUUGGGUGUGCGGGAAUUCAUAUUCGAUAAGAUUGUUAAGUCGCUUAUUACUUAUGAGUACAAUUAGCCUAUACCAUGGGGGUAAAAACUUAAACUCCAUACAAGAAGUCAUAGUCAUUAGUUAGUUUAAAUUAAUAUUUUUAUUUUAAUCGAAUAAGUGUU